AUGGACGAAGCGUUUCAUUUGCAGCCCCACACCCACGUCUCGUCCAAAAAGGUGGUCGACGUGGGUGGCAUCCGCACCAUGGUCUACGGCCUCGAAGAGCUGCCCAAACGGUGCAAGGCCGUCGGAGUGCUUUACCUGGCCCAUCCCAGGCUGCAGAACUACAUGUACACCGAAUAUCUGGCCCACGAACUGCUCUCUCGGUGUCGCGAGGCAGCUGUGGACCGGUCGCCCGAGGCCGACCAACGAGACCUGCCUGCCACCAACACCGGGAUCGAGGCUCUCAAGGCAUCCCGACCGCAUGUGACAAGAACCGAUUCACACACCUCGCGACGGCACUCGUACACGCCCUGGACAAACUACAUUGCCGUGACGUUCGAUCUGCGAAACCACGGCUCGCGAACUCUCACGGCCCAACGGUCUCUUGAUUGGGAGGCAGGAAACGACACCCAUGCCGUGGAUAUGAUGUCCAUCAUCGACGGCUCCACAGACAACCUGCUGCUGGUCAUGCAGUAUCUGCCAGCAGUGCUGGACGCACAGCUCCGCAACGUGGCACCCAAAUGGUACAACAUUGUGUCUGGAGUGUCACUGGGAGGCCACAUUGCCUGGCGAUCUGUGGCCCGCAACAAGGACCAGGACAUUUUUGCCAUUGCACCAAUAAUCGGAUCGCCCAGCAUGCGCACGCUAUUCGAGGACCGGCUGGACCAGCACCGGCAAAAGACAGGCUCCCUCAAAAACACCAACCCUCAGUGCCAAUACCUGAUUCCCGAGCCAUUAAAGGACAUCAUUGCCCGUGACGACGCACGGGUAUUUGACAUGUCUACAGACACACAUGUCUUCAUUGCCACCGGUGAGGACGAUGCGUUGGUCAAGGACUCAUACUCGCAUGAGUGGAUCGAGCAUUUCAAAAAGAAUGGCGGUAGCCCCGAGUACGUGUGCCAGGAGGGCGUGGGCCACGUUUGCACAAACUACAUGGUGACGCGCUUAGCAGAGUGGAUUGUGCGGAUUACCAGCGGGUGA